GGCUUGACUCUUAGUUAUCUGUUUCAAUGAGCGCACGUGUAUUGCAUUUCAUAUUCCGGAAAAAAAUUGUAUAGCUUAUUAUAGAAAACCGGGGCACACCAAGGAUUAGCUUAAUAUUAAUAUUUAAGUUAAGUGUUACGUGCGAACAAGUGAUACGAUGUGAUUCUUGUUCCUAAGAGAGAGGAUUUUCAAGCAUUGUUUUACCAUUAAUUCAGAAGUCCACGGGUGCAGAUGAGUUACAUUUAAGGUUGAAACACGUUUUAGGUGAGGCAUUUGCAUUGAAUAUGUCAUAAUCAUCAAUCAUGCAUGUUAGAGAGCAAGUUGAGACAAAAUAACGAGUUGGAUAGUUUCCUUGGUGGGAGACAUUAUUCUAACACUUCUGUAAUUAUGUUUAGAUCCAAAUCUCGAUUAGUUAGCAUCACUGAUAUUUAUUUUGGAAGAGAUUCUUUAUGCCUCCAACAGUUAUAAUAUAUAUUGACAAGAUGCCAUUAGUUGAAGCAUAGACUCAUCAACUCUACAUUCAAAAUCAACUCUUUCUCUCCCUUGAGGAAAAAUGGCGUCCUCUCCCUUGAACCCAAAAUCCCAUUCUCAUGGCCGCUCAAAUAGCUUGCCCUCUAGAUCACACCCUCUCAUUCUAGAAUGCAACGAGCACUUGGACGGCUUAAGGGCUUCCAAAGCAACCAUCUUUUCCUCAUUAUUUCUUUGCAAAAACAUAAGAUGUUUGCAAGAUCUGAUAGAGUGUGUUGAAAAAUUGACCCAUCUUUCCCUCACUCAAGAUGUCCUUCUCCACGAGCGUGAAGAGAAUUGGGUAGAUGAGGUUUUGGAUGGAUCCUUAAGACUCUUAGAUGUGUGUAGUGCCGCCAAAGAUGCUUUACUGCACACAAAAGAAUGCACGCGUGAGCUUCAUUCCAUGAUAAGAAGGAAGAGAGGUGGUGAAGUGGAGUUGGCAGCAGAAGCUAAGAAAUUCUUGACAUCUAGAAAGGUGGUGAAAAAGGCCAUCUCCAAAGCCUUGGCAAAUUUGAACGGCACUUCAAAGAGUUGCAACAUCUCAUCCACCACAACAGACAAAGACCACCAAACAGUGUCUUUGAUUACCUUAUUACAAGACACGGAAGUGGCAACACUAUCAACAUUUCAGACACUGUUGCAAUUUAUCUCAGGGUCAACACAAGCAAAGUCAAACAGCUGGCUUUCAAUUUCGAAGCUAAUUCAGCCAAAGAGAGUGGGUUGCUCCCAAGUGGCAGAUGAAAAUGAAUUUGCCCAAGUGGAUUCAGCAUUGCACUCCUUCGCAUUUUCCAAGACAUCCAAAUUUGAAGAAACAAACAGUCUACAAAGCCACUUGGAGAAAAUGGAGUCCUGCAUUCAAGACUUUGAAGAAGGACUCGAGUUUCUAUUUAGGCGACUAAUCAGAAUAAGAGUAUCCCUUCUUAAUGUCCUUAACCACUAGUCCAACUUACCUCGGACUGAAUUUUGUACUCAUCCACAUAGUUACAUUUGUACAUUCAAAUCAUACAUGUAUAUGCCUACUGAUAUAAUGAACUGAAAAUCUUU